UCGAUUGAUUUAAAAUAUCUCAAAAUUAAUUCAUCCAACAGAUCGACUUGCCUCUUGGCAAAAGCUAAUAAUUAAAAAAAAUCACUGUACAAGGAGCUGAUAUGGAUCGUUUCCCCCUUGUCAAUUGCGGUACAAUUGCACCAGCGCAAACCCUAAAAAUACAUGAGUAAAGAAGAAAAAAACAAGAAGAAAACCUACAACCCUAGCUACUUAAGGAUAAGCCUUUAAAUUAACGUUACAGGGUUUAUUCGGAGGGCUUUUUGGUGUUUUCUGUCUUCUUUACUUGGAUUAAAGAAGAACGAAAUGGAGUUUUGGGGAGUGGAGGUAAAACCUGGGGAGGUUUUAAAUAGUGAUCUUGGAGAUGAUAAGUAUGUCCAUUUAUCGCAGGCAGCUUUGGGCGAGAUUCAAAAUCCAAAAGGAAAUGAGAGGGUUCCUCUCUAUGUUCAUGUGAAGGGCAAGAAGCUUGCAAUCGGAACACUGGUGUUUCGGAAAUGUGACCAACUUUCAUUAGAUUUAGUAUUUGAUGGAGAGUUUGGGCUUUCACAUGGUUGUGCAGCAGGGAGUGUAUUUUUCAGCGGUUAUACUUCAGUUCCAGAAGAUAAAGCUGAUGGAAUGGAAAUGGGAGAUGAUUCAGACUCUGACUCAGAAGAUGAAAGACAAGUACAAGCCUUGAUGAGACGUAUUAAGGGAAAUGGUCAAAAAGAAGCUAAGCUUGUCAACUCUGAAUUAAAGAAAGAAGAGGCAAAACCUGCCAAGUCUGGGCCUGUCACACCCGCAAAAGCAGCUGCAAAGGUGAAGCCAAAGCCAGGGGAAGAUGAAGAAUCUGGUGAUGAUGAUGACAAUGAGAAUGAGGAAGGUUCAAGUGACAGUGACUCUGAAGAAUUAGACGAUUCUGAGGAUGAAAGUGAUGAGGAUGCGAGUCAAAAGACACCCAUGGUUGAGACUACUAGCAAGAAGAGGCCUUUGUCCGAAUCAGCUACAAAACCUCAACGUACUGCUGAUAAAAAGGCAAAGACAACAGUAACUGGUGGAGCACAGAAGCCAGGUACUGAUGGAGGUAAGAAGGAUCAGAAAGUACAGACACCUAAAGCAAAAGGCACACCAGGUCCCAAAGAGCCACCCAAGACCCCUGUAACACCUGGUUCAGCAGGUUCAGUGAAGAAAAUUGGUGCCCAUCUUUGUGCCAGUUGCUCAAGGAAUUUUGUCACAGAAUCUGCCUUGUCACAACAUAAUGCUGCUAAGCAUGGUGGAAAGCAAGGUUGAUAAGAAUGCUUUGUCACCAACCAUUUAUGGGUAUUUUGUAGAUUGCAAGGAUGAGUUGUAACUGUGUGGAUAUGCGGGAUGUUUAUGUGGCUAUUUGAAGAUCCAAGACACAUGGAAGCAACUGAAAUUCUGUUUUAUAGCUAUCGUGUUAAUGGAACAACAGUUGAGCUGGAGGGCUGCCUCAAAUUAGUUAUGAUAUUCUAUACUAGAUGCCAUAGUUGUGAAGAUGGGUGUUGUAUAUUUGAAUAUUCGAGCAAUUUUUUGUCAUGUUAUGAAUUUAUAUAAAAACCAAAUUAUCUGAAUUCAUCAGUAUGGCUUUGGUAGCCUGUUAUGAAAGUUGUUACUGGCCUGUGAUUCAGAGUUUUUACAAAGACUAUACAUUUGCUAAAAGUAUGCUAAACUAGUUUGCAAUCAAAAUAUUUCAGUUACUGGCA